AUGAUUCUCUCGGGAGGAGGCCAUAUUAUUUUCAGGCAGUGUUGCAAGAGCAUUUUACAGAAAUACGUCUUGCCACAACACGUGGGGCCCGAAAUAUUCGCAGUAAAGGGAUGCCUGAAGACAAAGUCCUGGUGCCGUUGCUGUAAAGGAAGAGUCGCUGAUGGAGGCGGCGGUGGCUUGAGUUGCGGCGGCGGCGGCGGCGGCGGCGUGAUCAUCUGCAGCGGCGGCGGUGGCUUGAAUGGCGGCGGCGGCGAUGGCUUGAGGAGCGACGGCGGUGGCUUGAAUGGCGGCGGUGGCGGCGGCGGUGUGAUCACCUGCGGUGGCGACGAUGGUGGUGAUGGGGCAUUUCCAUCAUUCCGUGUACACUUCGCUGAUGCCGCUUUAAGACAUCCUUUCGGGAAAACCAGCCUCGGCAAUCGUCACACUGGACUUUAUGCAUGUUGA